AACUAAUCGAGAAACCCUGGGCAUGAGUUAAGAGAUGCCUUCUUUGAUGGCGGCAAAAGUCGAGCUAAUGUAGCUGCAGUUACAAGAGAACUCUGCAGUACUUAAAUUCAUUAUAAAGCACGAAACUACCUUUGGUCUCAAGAGAGGAAUAGCAGCCGUCUGCUUCGGAGCUUCAAAGUUCAGAAUUUUACCUUGGCGAGUCAACAGACAAUUAUCUUUGUACCUAUUAGGAAAGAGCUGUGAUCCCAUGGAAAUGGAUAUAGGUAUUGAUGACCAAGUGGAAUCCCAAAUCCAGACUCAAAGAUCAGGCCUGAAACAGAAGUGUAGUCUUAUGCCAGCAGAAGUGACAAAAGCCAGAGAGGAUGAUGUAAACAGUGCAUUAAAACGAAGAAGCCAUAUUCAGAAAUCACUCCAUCUGUUAGACGAUGCUAUUUCUACCCCACAGCGACAAUUACACACAGCUUCCUCACUUCUGAGAUCAGUGAAAACCCCACCACCACUGCGCCAACAGCCCAUGUCAGCAUCAGGACGCAAAAAUAGUACUUAUACACUUAGUGGUACUUCUUCAGUUGCAGAUACAGAUUAUGCCACUCAGGACAUGUCUUUCAUUAGUGAGGGACUGCCUCCUGGACUGCUGUCAUCCCUCCCUCAGCAUAUGUCUGGCCACACCAUCCUGGGUUCAUUGUCCUUUAUGGAAGAUAGUGGGUUAAGCCACCCUCUUACUCCCAGUAAACCCCUCGCCCAAGUUGUUGAGGAUUUUUCACCUGGAAGUGCUGUGGAAUUGUCGCAGCUAACUGAGAAUGUCAGCAUUUUGACUGAGAAGGAUCCUGUGAUUGCAGCCAGUUCAAGCUUGUUUGAAGAAUUCAUGAGUGCAUUAACAUCAUUUCCAGAUACAAGGCAUAUUUUUGAUGUGGUAGCUGGAUAUGAAAAGGCUUGUAGGCAACAGUUGCGGGUUCUGAAUGGAUUGAUUAGGCAAUCAUCACCAGGAAAAACUAAAUUUUCUAAACAAGUUGACAUAUUGCAUCUCAUUUCUCAAGAGAGUUACACUUGGAGACUUGUUGGCUCUCUAUACAGUGACAGACUACAAUAUGGAGUAGGUGAUGAUGGAGCUAUGUUGACAAAUUUUGUGGGCAAAGACUGGAAUGAAAAAAAGAUCAUAAAUGAUCUGUAUGAAAGAGAAGCCUCAACUAGGCAAAAACAGAUUGUAGUGGACUGGUUAGAAAAGAAUGCAGAGGAUUGGCUGGAGAUUUUUUUAGAAAGUGACAAAGUAGAGUACUUUUCAGCGUCAGUUUGCUGGGAGAACACCCUACACACCCUGCAACAAGGAAACAAUUUGGGAACGAGAAGACCUCUUGUUACAGAGAUGGAUCCAGAUGCCCCAGUUAGACAGAACCGACCUUUAGCUGAUUUAGAUCAGGAAGAUGAAGCCAGGUUGUUACAGCAUCUUUUUGCCUUAAUUAGGGCUGGUAAAUUGGAAGAGGCCCAAUGUCUGUGUGAGAAGUUUGGUCAGUCGUGGAGGGCUGCAACUCUUCAGGGAUGGAAACUAUGGCACGAUAAUAACAUGGAUGGAGUCUCAAGGGAUGAAACUUUAUCAGUCAUUGAAGGAAACCCGUAUAGGGAUGUGUGGAAAGCAGCUUGCUGGAAGAUGUCAGAGGAGAGCAAAUUCAGUGCAUAUGAGAGAGCUAUUUAUGCAGCACUCAGUGGAAACCUCACCCAGCUUCUACAAGUUUGUAAGUCAUGGGAAGACUAUCUAUGGGCAUUUUACAGAGUUAUGGUAGAUGUUAGGGUGGAACAGGAAAUUCGCCUUCACCCCAGGCCUGAAAGAGAUCUGGAAAGCUUGCCUUCCGUUUUCUGGGAUCAUGUGCUGAAUCCAGAGAAAAUAUUUGAUGAACUCCAUGCUUGCCCAAAAGAGACCAUCAAACAUCAAGCAGGGGAGUUCCAUCAUGUCAUACAGAAGCAUAUAAUAUUAAAUGACACAACUGGUUUGAUUGAAAAAAUGCACAGCUGGCUUGAAAAGGGGGAGAAACCUAAAGCCCAAAUACUACGGUUCAUGGCCCAUCUUGUUUUGUUUCUACGAUCAGCUGGAAUCGAGUCAGAGACUGAUUUGGAUAAAUGUGUGUCCAUCUUAAAAGCUUAUGUGCAGACGCUAAUUGAAGAGAAACAAAUUGACUUGGUAGCAACUUAUGUUGCUACUCUGCCAGCAGAAAUUCAAAUAGAAACCUAUGCAUACUUUUUAGAAGAUAUUGUGGAGAUGAAAGAAAGACAGAAAUGUUUGGAGUUAGCAAGUAGUGCUGGCUUGGAUGUCCCGUUAAUAACCAAGACAGUAGUCGAGUGCAUUCGAGGAAAGGAAGAAUUUGCGAUCGAAAAAGGCAUGUCGUCCGCUCUGGAAGCUGCUACUACAAAAGAGGACCGCAGAAAGAUAGAAGCCAUUGAAUGGUUGGUGUUUGAGCCUUCCCAGCGAAGUGAAGCUCUUAAACAGAGUAAUGCGAUUAUACGUUGCUUUAUCGCAACGAGAAAGCACGCCGCAGCUCGUGAGGUUUUCCAAAAGAUUCCGGUGGACUCCAUUCACGUAAUUCAUAAAGAAUGGCAAUUGAGGGGUGGAACCAGUCCCUUGCCUGCUGCUGACGAUAAUGCCAUACGAGAAUAUUUGUGCAUCAAAGCUUUCUUGGAGGCUCUUGAUGCAUUUAAUGACUGGUUUCAACAUUUUCAUCACAAUGUACCACCGAGACCACACGAUGGUGCUCACGCGAACUUCACUGAGAAGGUGGCGUAUGAACAACGCCUCAAGCAGUACGAGGUGGAAUUUGGAAGAUGGAAGAACUCGCUGGAUAUUCACACAAAGGCCGCAAUGGAAAAGAUUUAUAACGUUCUUCUAUUUCCGGAUGGAGGCUGGAUGGUGGACCACAGAACGGAUGAAGGAAAAGACUCGCAACGAUCCCAUCAACUUGAUUUGUUGAGACAGCUUUGUCUUCCACUAACUUGUUACCUUCUUCAUAAUGUGCUAUACUCAACAGAACAGUACAAGCAGUGUAUACAGCUCGCUGAUGUUAUAUCCUCCGAACAAUACAGAUUGUAUGAGGUUUUCAGGAAAGACGAAUUACAAAAGAUGCUAUCGCUGUUCCGAGACACGUCGAUUGCAUUGUUGGGAAACAACCUGGAUCCCCUUGGCUAUGAAAUCGCACAGAAGUAACAGGGCACCAAAAUAGAAAAUACGAAAUAUAGAUUGUGAUUAAAAGAGUGGCAUAUAACUUAGCCAAUAAGUACGAAAUAAAGAAACCCUUGAUGAUGA